AAAAGUAAUGAUGUUCUCCCGGAUAUUUAGGCGGCAACUAUAACCGCAAUUGAGGUGCGAGGUUGCGCUAACCGCUAGCAUGCUACACCAGGUUUCCUAACGUCAGCCUUAACGAUGUCAGGUUAAGGUAAUAUCAUGAUGGCUUGCUAUGAGAGCGAUAAGGGGAGCAUCCAGGAGGACAGUCGUGGGGAAAUGACAGCUGGAGAGAUCUCUGAGUGUGCCUUGGCUAUGCUGGAGAUAGAACGAAGGUCACUCCUCAGCCCGUCGGAGAACCCCACCACCUUCACCAGCAACAACAGCAGCCUUCAGGCCAACGCUCCCCUGCAGGGCUACGAUGUGGAGUUCGACCCACCCCUAGAGAAUAAAUACGAGUGCCCUAUCUGCCUGAUGGCCUUGAGGAACGCCAUUCAGACACCUUGUGGUCACCGUUUCUGCAAGAAUUGCAUUGAAAAGUCAAUCCGAGAUACAGGACAGAGGUGCCCAGUGGAUAAUGAAAUGCUGCUGGAGGAACAGCUCUUCCCUGAUAAUUUUGCCAAACGAGAAAUCUUGUCAUUAACUGUUCGUUGUCCCAAUGCCGGCUGUACCGAGAAAAUGGAACUUCGAAAUUUGGAGAAUCACGUGUCGCAGUGUCCUUUUGCUACUGUGCCGUGCCCACAAUGCCAACAGUCUGUGAGGAAGAGCCACCUGGAGGAGCACACAACCCUUCAGUGCCAAAGGAGACCUGAUUGUUGUCGAGACUGUGCGGCAUACUUUGUUUAUGAAGAGAAAGAGCUUCAUGCGCUGCAGUGCCCCUUUGCUAACGUGAAGUGCCAAUACUGUGGGAUGGAUUUAAUCAGAGACCAGAUGGAAUCUCACUGUGAUACUGAUUGCCCAAAAGCACCUAUUGCCUGUACUUUUAGCUCCUUUGGAUGCCAAGAAAGGAUGCAGCGCCAUAACCUGGCUCAGCACAUGCAGGAAUUCACGCAGAUGCACAUGCGCUAUAUGGCUGAGUUCCUGCGUGGCCUCAGUCUCAAUGACCACACAUCCAAAUCGUCAUGGCAGGGGGCAUCUGCUGCUGCUUCUGAGGACGCAGGCGCUGCACCUCUAGGAGCAGGUAGUAGUGGGCCCAGAGGAGCUGCGAGCUGCUGCAGUGCCUCCUGUCAGCAUAGCGAUGAGCUUCAGAGGCUCAUAGAGAUGGAUGGACGAUUGGUAAGGCAGGACCAUCAACUUCGUGAACUCAUCAUCUUAAAAGAAACACAGGCAGGCCAGCUUGCAGAGCUCAGGCGCAGGGUGUCUGCACUGGAGGACACUGUGAAAGACCUGGAGGCUCAGCAGUGCCAGGGCAUCUUCAUCUGGCGCCUCAAGGGUUUUUCUGCCCACCUGCGCAACCAAGAGGCCGGCCAGCAAGUCGUGGAGCACAGCCCUGGCUUCUACACAGGCCGUCCUGGCUACAAGCUCUGUCUGCGCUUGCACCUGCAGACGCCCAACGCCCCACGCUGCUCCAACUUUAUCUCCCUCUUUGUCCACACCAUGCAAGGAGUUUUUGAUGGGCAGCUGAGCUGGCCCUUCCAGGGCACCAUCCGGCUCGCCAUCCUGGACCAGGGUCCUGAGGGCCAGCAUCACAUAGAGGUGAUGGAGACGAAGCCAGACCUGCAGGCUUUCCAGAAGCCCACCAACCAGCGAAACCCCAAGGGCUUCGGCUACGUGACCUUCCUGCACCUGCAUCAGCUGCACCAGAGGGCCUUUAUUAAAGACGACACUCUGCUGGUCCGCUGUGAGGUGACGCCACGCUUCGACAGCGCUCUUCGCCGUGAAGGAGCAGCAGUGCAGCCCAGGGGGCCUGAAGCCUCAAUUUUACGGGACUAAAGUUUCAGCGACUACAAAGAAAGGAAAAACGAAUAUUUAAAGUUCUGUUGGGUGUUCUU